CUUCCUCUCCCUCCCGAAGCUCACUCUCACCCCUCAUUCUCCAUUUUUUUUCUUUUUCUUUUUACAAGAUUUCAAUCCUAGAUUUCUCCCUCAAUUUUUGGAGUUUUUAAAUGCCGUUUGCGGCAAAUUAGAGAUCACAGUGAGAUCUUCGAUUUAAUCGGAGCAAAGGUGGUUUUGACCCUAAGAAUUUUGAAUUCCAGGGUUUUGAUUCGGCAAAUUGGGGUUUUUUGCAAUUCUUGAGAACACGGAAAGGAAGUGGCGGACGACGCUCCUCCACUGGGUUCGAUGGGAAAGGACGGUAGUGCCCUUAGUUGACCUCGGGUUUAGGUAAGGACUCGGAUAGCAAUUUGGACCCUCGGGUUUGGGUCGUUACAAUAUGGUAUGAUAUCUUCUGCUUUUAGUCUGAGCCAGCACAAUUUUAUUUUUAAGUUUUACUCCAAAAUGUCUCAUACCAUUUGAAGUGUACCAAUCCAACAUAUAUAGUACUUCCCCUUUCCAUAGCCAAGCAAUGUGAGAUCGUGCACCCAUAGCCUUCUAGCAUGGUAUGUUGCCAUUGUCAGUCCCUUGCUCAUUCCAGCCCACAAGGUCACCGGCCAUAAUCUACCCCUCUAAGAGGCCCGACAUCCCUAUCGGCACACUUCCAGCUGAAUCAGGCUCUAAUAUCAUUUGUAAUGAUUCACUUCACCACAUAAUAUGAUAUUGUUUGUUUUGGGCCUAACUUGCACGGUUUUGCUCUUGAAUUUUACCCCAAAGGGCCUUGUACCAUUUGGAGUGUACCAACCCUACAUACAGGGGCGGAUCUAGGAAUUUUUAAUGAGGUGGGUUAAUAUUUUUUUGGGUGGGCUAGUAUUGUUUUGGGGGUCUAAUACUAGUAAUAAUUUCUUUUCUUUUUUUUGGCCAGGGCUAAAAUUACCUAUAGUAAAAAAAAAAAAAAAAAAAAAAAACACAAAGAAAAAAAAGGGGAAGCAAUUGAGCCCACUAAAGCAUACACAUAAAUCCGCCCUUGCCUACAUAUAUAACACUUCCCCUUUCCAUACCUGAGUUAUGUGAUAUUGUGUUCCCGUAACCUGCCAGGGUAGCUUGCACCUGCCCAUAAGGUCACCUUAAUCCAUCCCCUAAGAGGCCCAAUAUCCCCGUCGGUUCAUUCUGGAUGGUUCAAACUCUGAUACCAUUCGUAACAACCCACUCCACCACAUGAUAUGAUAUUAUCCGUUUGGGUAUGAGUCUGCACAAUUUUUGUUCUUGAGUUUUACUACAAAAGGUCUCAUACCAUUUGGAGUAUACUAAUCUUAUAUAUAUAGCACUUCCUCUUUUCACAUCUAGGCGAUGCGAAAUUAUGCGCAUGUAACUUGCCGGUGCCUCAUUCGCACUAACCCACACACAUUCGCCCACAAGACCGCCAUAAUAGUUGAGUUGGCAUAGUGUAACGAGUGGGCGCUUGUCCAUUUAUCCAAAAGCUCAAACUAUUGGAUAGUGCUGCAUACCCACCCAUUUAUAUCCAAUCACUUUCCCAUCCGAUUCUGAUGUGGGAGAAAUGACCCUUGUUACAUUCUCCCCCACCUAAACUCGCAACGCCCUCGUUGCGAUUCGGGCCACCCUGCCUACCCGGGGUGCUAACCCUAACGCCUUCGUGGCAAAGCGCUCGGUUUGACAUCUGAUCAAGGACUGGGUCUGGCUCUGAUACCAACUGUAACGGGUGGGUGCUUGCCUAUUUACCCAAAAGCUCGAACUAUUGGGUAAUGCUGUAUACCCACCCAUUUAUACCCAAUCACUUUUCCAUCCGAUCCGAUAUGAGACAAAUGACCUUUGUUACACAUAGCCACUUCUCUUUUAAAGUUGAGUUGGAUUCAAAUUGCAUAGUAAACAUUAGUGAGAGAAAGGUAUGAGUAUUUACCUAACCAAGAAAAAAAUAAGUAUGGAUAUAGUUAUGAAUAUGGUUACCAAUGCGAAAAUUGGUUAUGGACAUGGAUACGAACACGAGUACAAAUAUUACAACACCAUACGAACACGACAAUACAAUAAAUCUCAUAAUAUGACGUGGACAUGACAAAGAUAUGUCUAAAUAAUAAUAAAAAAUAUUUAUUAAUAUCAAAAAUAUUUAUUGCUUAUUUUGUCUGAAUUAUAAGGAAUGUAACCACUAAUUUACAAAUUAAUGUGGACUAAUUUUUUCUUUUCUUUUAUAAAAAGAGAGAGAUACCCUACAACAUUUCGGUUGGUAGAAAUGAAAUAAAUGGAAGAGAGGUCAAAGUUUUAAGGAAGGAUCGUUUUUCAUUGACAGAUAUAAGAGGGAAAAUGUAAACAAAACUAAAACGGAUAAAUGAGACAUGCCUUCUUAUUUAUAUGUGUGUAUAUAUAAUAAAAAUUAAAUGUUUAUAGAGAUGAAUUCAAUCAAACAAAUAUACUCCGUAACACAUAAUUGUGUAAAUAUGGUUGGCGUAACACCCAUUUAAUUGUUUUUUUUCAGUUGUCACUGUCAAUAAAUCAAUUGAUAUUAAUGUGACAGGUAACCAAUAAGUUUGGAGUUAAUCCCAAUAUUAUUUAGCGUACAAUUUUGAUGUUCCUAAAAUAAAUUAUAAAACUAAAGAGGGUCUCAUUGAUAUUUUGCCAAAAACAUGUUCAUGAAAAAAAAAAAAAAAAAAAAUAGUGAUUAUUAGAAGGGAUUUGAGAAUUGGAAGAGGGGUAUAAUGGUCUAAUCAAAUAGAUCCAGUGUCACCCGUAAUUAUCUAUGACUGAGGAGGGAAAAUCGCAAGAAACAGAAAAUGGGAAUCAAAACAGAAACUCUUCACAGACCAAUAAGCAAUUGAGCUAUUUUCUCAACCAAAUUUUCUGUUUUUGUGUUUGUUUGGAUUGUUUGGAUCUUGUGGGAAGAAAGAAAGAAAUGGGUACAAUCAGAGUACCACAAACUGUUCCUUCACCUGAAGACGAUUGUGACAGACUCAAGAAAGCUUUUCAAGCAAGGCUAGCGGAUGAGAAGGGAAUAAUAUGGGUUUUGGGGCGAAGAAAUGCGGAGCAACGGAGGAAGAUCAGAGACACAUAUCAGCAGCUUUACAAUGAGUCUCUCAUUCAAUCUCUCCAAACUAAGGUCUAUGGUGAUUUCAUGAAAGCACUGGUUUUGUGGGCAUAUGAUCCUCCUGAAAGGGAUGCAAGGCUAGCAAAUGAAGCUUUGAAGUCAAAAAAGAAGGACAUCAAGCAACUACAAGUAAUAGUUGAAAUAGCAUGCGCGUCAUCUCCUCAGCAUUUGAUGCUAAUGAGGCAGGCCUACUGUUCUCUUUUCGAUUGCUCUAUUGAAGAAGACAUCAUAGCAAAUGUUUCCCCACCCCUUCGAAAGGCUCUACUGUGUCUAGUGAGUUCCUACAGAUAUGACGGAGAAGUUGUGGAUUCAAAUGUUGCAAGUCUUGAGGCAGCUACACUACAUGAAGCUAUUGAAAAGAAGCAAUUAGAUAAUGACGAUGUUGUGUGGAUCCUUGCCACUAGGAAUAUUUUUCAGCUUAAAGCAACUUUCGCAUUCUACAGGGGAAACUAUGGAAAGCCCAUCGACGAGGACAUUAAGGGGAAUGGACUUCUGGAAUCUAUAUUCAGGAUGGUGAUAUGGUGCUUAGAAUCCCCAGAAAAACACUUCGCCGAGGUUGUCAGAGCUUCAAUUAUUGGGAUUGGGACCGAUGAAAAUGCACUGAGUAGAGCCAUUGUAACUCGAGCUGAAAUUGACAUGGCGAAAAUCAAAGAAGAGUAUUACAACGUGAACAAGGAGACCCUCGCCAAUGCAGUCACUGGCGACACGUCGGGAAGCUACAAAGACUUCCUACUGACCCUUGUUGGAGAGCAACUCUGAUUAUGUUCACCUACGCCAACUUAUAUAAAUUAUUUAUAUGAUCGGUAAACUUCAAAAGCACAAGUGUGUUUCUUGCAGAAUUUAAGGCUUGAAGCACCAGCAAGAACACCGGUGAUCGUAUAUUGAUUGUUUGUAUAUAAUAUUCUUUUUCAGCCUUUGCAGUGUUUAAGCACAAGAACAGGAUUUCUUCCUGACCAACUAUGUUAUCAAUCUAUCUUGCAGAACUUAUGCUUGUUGAUUUGUUAGCAUGUUCAUUUCC